AAGGAGUCUGACGCCACCAUGUGUCAGUACAUCACACCCCACUCUUUCUACUCAUAACAUCACAUAAUUAUUACAUUUUUUUUUGUUUUCCUUUUUUCUUGUGUUAUCGCACUCAAGCCUUUUACAUCUACGUAAUAGAGUUAAGAGUUAAUAAUGUCACAGAUUAAAUUGCUAUACUACAAAGAUGGUUUGAUUAAAAACAGUUUAUCCUUGAGCCUAAAUUAAUAAUAAUCAAAAUCAGACUGUGCUUCCGAAAAAACAAAAAACAGACUGUGUAUAUACAUUUAUACUGUAUAUUUUGUAUUUUCAUUUUUAAUAGAUGUAUCUGCACCUACUUCGCCAAAAUAAAUUCCUAGUAUGUGUUUGAUCAUACCUGGCAAUAAAACAAUUUCUAAUUCUGAUUGAUUAACUAAAAUUUAAAUAAUGCAAUUUGGUAAUAGCAGAAAGCAAGUUUGUGAUCAACCUUCAAGCAACAAAAAUUAUGAAGCAAACAAUUUGCUCCCCAGAAAUUUUAUGAAAUACGACCAUACGAGGAAAAAUUUAACAAACACUUGUACUGUAGGUGUGAACAGCAUGAAAAACUUUUAAUUUCCUUAGACUACUUCAAGUAUUACAUUGUCUGGACUCACUCUUGUCUUUUCAUCACUAUUAUAUAUUUAUGAUUAUUUACCGUCAAUGUUACAUAUAGUAAGUUGUGAUGUAUUACUUACUUAACACACAGUGAUACUGUCGUAUUUUCUGAUGGUAUUUCAAUUUAAGUUAUAUUUCAAAAUUGGUAAAUGGUACAUGUUGAAUACAGGUAGUGCACAAACAUGACACAAUGAAACAAAUAAUGAAGAAUAAGGGUUUAAUACACAAAAUUUACUUUUCCCCGAUAGGGUAACAAUACAAACACACAGGAAGUGGAACAAAAAGCACAGGAAGCAAACAAAAAUGACUAGCAGGACAAAAGCACAAGGUAAUAAAAAGUGCUGCUGGAAAAAAACUACACACAAAAAUACAAUGCAAGCUACUGCCAGAGCUGCAGAGCAGGGCAGAAAAAUACAUAAACCAAGUAGUAGACAUACACAUACACAGUACACAUACACAUACACAGUACACAUACAAGAUAAAAACUACACUCAAAAAAAGCAACAUGGGUGUCUGCUUUAUCAACAAAAGCGUAACAUGUAAUUUCUGCUAUAUUUAUUAAUGUUUAGUGGUUAGACAUUUUUCAAUCACGUAGUUUUAACAUGAUGGCAAAAACCUUAAAACUACUAGAUUGCUUUAUGUCAGCACAACCUAAUGGGUUCAGAUUGGAAUCCCAUUUGCAAUACCUCUCCAGAGCAGAAGGUGGCAUAACAUGUGACAGGUCCUAUUCAUCAGCUAAGGUAGCUUCCGGUGGAGAAGCGCCAUAGCAGAGAGUUGGGAAGCUAACCUAUACUGCCUAAACCUAAACCAUCACUGAUGGAGAAAGAUCUAAAUUGGUAAGUUCACUUUCCGUUUUAAUUCUGUCAUCUUUCUUUCUUUCGUUUUUUAUGUAUUUUAGAUACUUAUGACUGCUAGUUUUUGUGUUGUUACCUUUUAGCUAAAACUAAAUUGCUGCCCAUUGUUAAACACCACGUAGACAACAUACUAGACCAGUUAAAGUUCAUUGAUAAAAUGAACGAUUGUAAGACAAUGUGCUGUUCACAUGCCUGUAAAAAUUAACUUGGGAAUUACAGAUCAGGUUAAAAACGGCUGAGGCUAAAGUGGUCGUGUUAGGCUGAAGUGCACGUCACUUCCUCCCAAAUGUAUGUACAGGUGUAUGAUAAAAUAGUAUUUAAUGGAAUUAUUGACAUUAUUUCACAAAGCGGGACAUAAAUCACAAGUUUCUUUGUUGCAGGCAUGUGUUUGGCCAGCUAUGUGGGGCGGGUUAAACUGUCUAAAAAUAAAGUUGACUGGCCGGCAACCGUGUUUCUUUCUCUGCCGAAGUCAGGCCGCCCCUUACGGUUUGGGGCUGAAAAUACUGACAGUUAACAUCUUGAUAGAGCAGCAAGCCAGAUUAUACAUUCAUAUUAUACAGAAUGAAGACAAUCCCAGCUCCUUAUAAGGUUUUUUCAUCCCCAAAAAUGUGUAAUCAAAUAUUAAUGUUCAUUUGUGUGGGUGUAUGAAUGGUGUGUUCCUCUAUGCAUUUUCUGAACAAAUAUUUUUCUGUUGAUGUUUCUUUAGGCAGUUAUUUGUACGUUUCAAAGCAGUAAAGCUCAUUUUUAAAGUACUGUUACUUAACAUUUAUAUUUUCAUUUUAUAGAACAGCAUUUUUUUUAUUUAAGAAAUAUGUCAGACUGUGAGGAAAGGUUUAUAACUAAUAAAAACCGCAUUAUUAUGUAUUAUUUAAGCUUUUUAUUAACCUUUGACAGGUGUUGCUUUUGAUUGUUAGUCACGAAACGAAGCUGACCUGUCCUCACUCUUGUCUCAAUUUACCCCAGGAACUUGAUACUAUGAAGAUGUCCUGUGUCACAAACUAAAAGGGUCUCCUGUUGAAGUUUACCUACAUCUUCCAUCCACCUGUGAAAGGGACUGGUUCUUCAGCUUCAUCAAAUCAAAGAGUUACUGCGAAGAGAGCGUAUCACCAGUCAGUCUCAGGUUCAUGACAGAGUACUUUAAGUUCAUAAAUGUAGUGGCAAUCAAGUCAAGAUAUGCAUUUAUGUCCGUCAUUGUUUGCCUGAUUUGAAGAAUACAGUCAUUUUACAAAUUAAGUCUGUUUUGUGGUACUAUUUUAGAGUUUAUUUUCCUUUUUAAAAUGUUUUAUCUCAGUUUUAACUUUUUGUUGACUGAACUUUAAGUUUUGUCAAGUCAGGAUUAAGUAACUGGUGUUAUUUUACCUUUUUAAAAUUGUAGCUGUACCUACCCUGUAAAAAUAAGAUACCCAUAAUCAUAUACAUGUUAAUGUAACCAAAGGAAAAUAAGUCAGCUUCUACUUAAGUAAAUAUGUUAAAAUAACCUAUACAAAUUAAGUUGGAUUUAAACAUUGUAAUAUUUUGUAACCAAUACUUGCUACAGACAUGUUCACUCAACAUAUUUGCAAUUAGUUGGUUCAACAAAAUUGUAUCUCAUUAGAUGGAAUUUUUUUCCAUAAUUUUAUUACGUUCACCCAACAAAUUAUUUGAGUGUAGCUAAACAGGUAAGGCAUCGAACGAGACUGGUGUGCAUGGAAACCUGGGUUAAACCAGUGAGUAAUUAUGAGCAGGUGUGCACAGGUAGCUCCGCCCCGGCAGACGUGGUAGUGCACUGCAACACAAGGCAGAAAGGCGGCAACAGAGUGACUAACACAGAUACUUUUUGGGACACGUGGAGCUGUGAAUUGUAACAUGUGAUGUAUUCCAAUGUAACCUGUUUGAAUGUUUAAGUUAGAAUUAAGCCAUUACCAUUGCCAUUAGCUUGCAUUGCUCCAACCACUAACCCCCACACUGCCACCAACCCUGUGAAAACACAUUUCUAUUUGCAAUAAAACUGCCUCACCCAUGUCUAUUCGCUUAGCUCCCUCUAGGGCUAAGAAUGGAAAGUUGGAGUGUAAAAAGAGACUGCAGCGCUCUUGUUGGAUGAAAAGUGGGGGAGGAGAUUUGGGAGGCAUGUGGGAGUGAGGAAUAUACAGCUUGGACAUUCCUAGCCUGGGAAAUCCAGCAAUGAGUGUGCGGGAGAAGGAGCCUGAGACUCUCUGAGAGGGAUGAUGUUGAUGAUGGCGGGGUAACAUGGGUGAUUAAAGUUUGAAGGGAACAAAGUGUGACUACGGAGAUGCAGAGAGGAAGCGAGUCCAGGAAGACGGCUGUGGAUUGAGUUUGAUUCCUGUCUCAGUCAUGGCAUCAGAGGCCAUGGAGGACUGUGUGCAGGGGGCGCUCUCAUCUCUUUACCCUCCAUUUGAAAGCACAGCACCUCCUCUCCUCUCACAGGUCUUCUCCGUGCUGGAGUCCACCUACCAGCAUGACAGCCUGCGCUACCUCCUGGACUACUUUGUUCCUGCCAAACACCUCUUGCACAAGCUGCAGCAACAUGCCUGUUCUCAGUACCUAGGUUGUCUCUUCCUCCACUCUGGCUGGCCGUUGUGUCUUGGUGAGAAAGUAGUGGUCCAGCUGUCCACACUGGACUGGAGGCUCCUGCGCUGCAAUGACUUCUACCUACAGGUGGUGCCCUUCUCCACACGCUGUCCCCGCCUUGCCCUGAAAUGUCUGGCCCCAGGGGGCCGCACUGUCCAGGAAAUUCUGGUGCCCGAGUCCCAACACCCACUUGUGUUUACCAGCGAGUGGCUGCACUGCAUCAACAAAGAACGUGGCCACAAGAGGGAAGUUGGCGGAGGUCUGGACACCUGCUUGGUGAGCACUUGUGAUGGUGUGGUUCGCCUUCCAUGGAAAGGGGUGGUCUACCCCAAAUUCCUCCAUGACCCAACUGAAGAACCUGGCCUAUCCCAACGACUUCCCAGUGAGGGGGGGAGCAGCGUUGGAGGAUGGGGUGGCUCUUCUUCUGGGGAGCUCGACUCCUGGUCCUGGGAUGAGGAAGAAGAGAACGUCUUACUCCCGGAUGGGUUGGACUCAGAGCCAGUAAGACCCCAGCGGAGGCGUAGUGAAGAUGGCCUUGGAAGGACAGUGAGACACCCUGAAUUUGAUGGCGACUAUGUGGAGUUGUUGGAGCCAAGAGGAGGUCCAGAUGGAGGUGUUGACCAAAGGAACAGGUACCUGGAGAUGCAUUCAAUUUGUAAAACCAAGACGUUGCCUCUUUGCAAAAGGGGUAGGGCUUUUAAAAUCCGGCGGGGGAAACUUGUGGGCUACGGACGCAUGGAUGAAUUUGGCAGCUUUCGAGGGAUUUCCGGAACAAAAUCAGACUUAACCACCCCCAAGGAGCGUGGAGGACUGCCUAUGCCUCCACCAGAAAAAACAGAAGCAAGACGAUCUUGUUCGUCGUCUGCCCAGGAUGACGAUGAUGAUGGUAAUAAAACAAACCCAGACACCGAGGGACGAUUUGAUUGCCCGUUUAGAGAGAGAAGGCCUGGCGUUGGCGGCGAACGAGAGAUUGAGAUUAUGCAGUCAUAUAAAGACGACCAUAAGAGCAAAGACUCUGAGAGCGGUGAUAGUUUUGUCCCCAGUGAAUUCCUUGACUCUAUUAACCCCCAAGUCGGACAUGUUAUAGAGGGAUGCUCGGACCAGGGCUCCCAUUCAGACUCUGUUUUUGAGGAUACAGAUAAACCACUUGGUGGAGAUAGUGAUGCGGCAACGCCAACAUCGGAUGUACCACAAUUAUCAUUUACCGGACUUGCAGCCUGUACCGUCAUGGCUGGUGCUAACAUAUCACAUAUGAUAAAGGAUGAAAGUACAAAGAAGACUAAAGAGUGUUCAAAAGGAAAGGAAGUCAAAGCUUCAGGAUUCAGAGCUCCAAGGAGGAAGCGGCGAGGAAGGGGAGCCAAGGGAAGGGCAAGGUCUGGUGGACGUGCUGCCCAGAAGGGCUCCAAACUACAGGGAAAAGCUGCCCCUCAUCCCAGCUUCACCUCCUGCUGCGGCUCAACCCAUCAGCCUGUAACAGAGGAACACCUUUUGGAACCAAUGGGACCUGCUGGAAUAUCUGACGGAGAAUGUAUUUUGGCUAAUGUUGACUCGGAGAACAGCAGUGCAGCAGUGGCUCCAUCUUUGCCUGUCUGCAAUGGCCAGUCAGCCUCCUUUAACCACUCAAAUGGUGAGGACAAUCUCAACGGUGUCGCAUCUAAAGAUCAUCCCUUGCUUCGGGAACUGGAUGCAGAACUCCUGGAGUCAGGACGGCUGAGGAUGAUAGGUACGGUGGACAGGUUGGGACGUGCUUUAGUUGUUGCAGAGACAGAUACAUUCAGGCAGGAUUCCAACAACCAGGAGAUGGCCCGGAUCCUGGCCUGCUACCACAGGAUGACACGGCCUGAAGCCAAAGAAAAAGGUGUGACGGUGUUGAUUGAUAGCAGACGCUUGCUGCCAACUCCUGAAUCUCUCUCUGCAAUAAGAUUAUUUCAGCGGCUGGUUCCUGAUGGUCUCGGUUCAUUGUUGAUUUUGGUGGAGGAAGAGCAGGAGACUGUAGCUUGCAACCUUGAAGGAACAGAGGUCCACGUGGUGCGAGGGACAGGGGUCCUUCAGCAGUUUGUAGACAAGCAACAGCUGCCCACAGAGAUGGGAGGGGACUUCAGCCACUGCCACUCAGACUGGCUCUCCUUUAGACUGAGCUUGGAAAGCUUGACUGAGCGUUGCGAGAGCGCCCUCCUCCUGCUCGGAAAUGCACUGCAGUCAAUGGACACCGAGCCAAUGCUGACCAACAUCAAAGAUGUUCCUGCAAGCAUCGACAAGCACCGCCGCCUCAUGGCAAGCGUUCUCGCUGAUCAGCACUUGACAGAGCUCCAGCAAAAGGGCGGGGCUUGGCUCGCAGGAUUGACCAAUAGCGCAUCUGGCCUGGCGAGGAAGUCGCCAGAUUGCAGGGCGGCGCUCGCUGCGACCUCCAAACUUUACGACAGCGUGGACGAUGCUCUCCAUCGACUGGUGCAACUGUCCAACCAGAGAGGUCACAAAUUGGACUCGCUCGGACGGCUCGCCACCCUGGUGGAUGAGCUGAAGAAGUGUGACCAGGAGAUUGAGCAGGUCCAGUCGCAGUUGGACGACUACAAGGAGCCUCCUCUUUCACUCAGCAGACUUUCGCUCAAACAGCAGAAGUUCAAAACAUUCCGAGAAACAGCAAACGAGUUGCACAGUCGGACUUUGUCAGUGCUCAGUGAAUUGGAGACUUGGUCUGAGUUGGACUGGGUCGGCCUGAAUGACAUCCAGGUCCAACUUCCUCCGGUCAGGGAACGUCUGCGCGACAUGUCCCACUGUCUGUCCGACUGCUGGACCACGUUGGACAACACGCAGAGGCUGCUCUCCACUCUGACCGAGGCCACCCAGUGGUGCGAUGAGGUGUCCUCCACCUCCCAGUCUUCCUCCUCUCCGCUCUGCCCACUGGCCUCCCUCCCUCCCAUUCCGCCGUCCCGCUUCCAGGAUGCCCAGUCCUUGGCCAUCGAGCUGGGUGGCGGGGCACUCCUGGAUCUCUGGACCCAGACGAUGGAGCGCUACCAGCGGACUGUAGCGCAGGUGAAGCCGCGCUUCCUGCAAUCUGAGCGAGCCCAAAAUCAUGGCCAGGUUAAGCCCAAGCCACCCACCGCCAGCCACCUGUGGGAUGCAUUAGGCCCAGAGGGAGACGGGGACUGGGGCCUGGGGGCCGGAGGAGGAGAGGUUGGUUUGCAGUCUUGGGGAUCCCUGGCGUCGCUAUUCAGGCCGCAGACUUGCUCGACACUGAAGAUCGGAGAUGAGAAAGGGAACAAAAAAGAGCAGGCGGGAGGAGGGAAAUUCCUCCAGAACCUUCUCAAUCCGGCGAAGAAGAGUCCUACAGACGCACCUCUUCCUCCCAAGCCCCCGAGAAAAAGACACCCCAGUUUUGACCUUCAGGCCCUCCUGGCCCCUCGCAGAGGUGCCGCAACUCCAAAACCUGCCGAUUGCCAGACAGGUGUUGCGAGCCGUACCUCCCCCAUGUCUUGGCUGGGGCGACGACAACUAGCGGACCCGGUCAUCAUCACCAGCAUGGCCACAGCCAUGCCAGGAUGGGGCGGCACUCCUGGAGGAGGAGGUGGGGUGUUGAUCAGAGGAGUAGAGGUCAGCAGCAAGGAGGUGGUGGACCACACUGGGUCUCCACGGCAACAUGUGCUGUUGGGCAGGACUGAGAGGGAAAUGGGGACUGAACGGGCAGGAUCGACGGCCCAGAGCAAGCUCUACCUGCUCUGGUGUAGGAUGCUAAGCAGCGAGCGACAGUACAUGGCGAUCCUCAAAGGGGUAGAGGAGACCUACCUUCCCCUGCUCGACCUCUCAGACACGCCGGCCUCCAUCAGGGGGAAAGCGGAUGUCCUCUUCCCCAACUGGACCGGCCUGAGCAGCUUUCAUUCGCAGGAGCUGCUCCCUGCCAUGGAGGACGCUCUCGUGCAAAGCUUGUUGCAACAGGACUGUUUCAAUAAAUAUCGGGAGCAGUUUCUGCAGUAUUCCCAGUACAUCCGCACCAAACCUGAACUGGACUCCACGCUGGUCACGCAAGCUGCCGACUUUUUUAAAUCCAAACUCCCUGCCGCCUCCCCCCUCUCGCCUCUGUCCUUCCCUCACUGCUUGCAGGCCCCCAUUCAAAGACUGGAGCAGUACUGCGAGGCACUUGAGGAGCUGGGGGGUAUCAACCCAGCCUCAGACUCGGCCCUUUCUAUCCUGAGACAUGUCCAACGGCACGGCGAGAACCUCAAGGCCAGUGACCUCAUCGUCGGGUGUCCGAUUCCCAUAGCUGAGCGUGGCGAGCUGGUGCGUCAGGGUGAGCUCAUGGUAUGUGGCGGCACCCGCAGGAAACGUGUUGGCGUGAGGAGGGUCUUCCUCUACCAGCAUGCUAUCAUCUUCACCAAACACAAGAGCGCCGGGAUGGGACGCUGUGCCUAUAGCUACAAACACUGCAUGAAGACAGCAGACAUGGGCCUGACGCAGAGUGUGGGUGAGGAGGGUGUCAAGUUUGAAGUUUGGGUACGACAGGCUCCCCGCCUUCGGGACUGCGUCACACUUCAGGCUCGGGACAGAGAUGAGCGCAAGACGUGGACCCAGGACAUCGCUCACCUGCUGUGGACGCACGCCAUCAACAACACAGAGUUGUGUCUGAAGGAGUCACUGUGUGUGGGCGUGUCCAGCAAGCUCCUGCUGGACGCCAGCGGAAGUCAAGCAUCGUCAGAGUUGGACUCUGCCUGCAGCCUCAGCGACAGAGUGCACAGCAGCUGCUCUGAUUCCUCCUCCGUCGGGAGCCAUAAGGAGGGGGGGUCCCCGGGGUCAGGGAGGCACCCCAGGAGGAGCUCUGGAUCGACAGGCUGCUCUCAGAGUCAGUCACCCUCUACUGCCGUGUAGCCGUCAUUACACAAGAGUGAGUACUGGAAGUGGUACUUUGGUGACUUACUCAGGUGGCAGCUGAGGAGAAACAUCAUUAAAUGUCAAGAACCAAUGUUUACAUUUUUGCAUUUCCUCUGAAAGUGGACUCAAACAAGCUAAACUGUACUGACAGGAAGACCUUUUAUAACUCAGACCCAAUCCCCCCCCCCCCCCCCC